AUGCGUCUCUACGACGCGCCUCUCCUCUCGCUCCUCAGCACAGCCGCUGCUUCAACGCUGCAUAGGCCCGUCGCCCCAUCCCAUUCUCACGCUCCGGCUCGUCUCUGGGCGACACACUACAAUGGCAACGUCUACUCGCUCUCGCUCUCCGGCUCCGAGCUCGCGAUCACCGACACCCAGAAGACGUGCGGGAAUAUGCCGAGCUGGCUGACUUUUGACGCAGAGUCGAAAACGCUGUACUGCUCGGACGAGGAUGGGACGACCGAUCCGUCGACGCACGGCUCGCUGAGCGCGUAUGCAGUCUCGCACGAUGGGAAGCUAAAGCAGGUUGCGAAGACGGAGACGGUGGGCGGUGGUGUGUACAGUGCUAUCUUUGAGGCUGGGGCAGGGGAUAAGUACCUUGCUAUCGCGCAUUACGAAGGCGCCGCCGUCUCAACCUACCGACUCCCCCUAACCAACAACGCGACCUCCAAACAAGCCUUCCACUUCAAACUAACCCACCAAGGCGCAACCCCCCAACAAGACACCCCCCACCCUCACUCCAUCUUCCUCGACCCCACAGGCUCCUUCCUCGUCUCCCCGGAUCUAGGCGCCGACCUCCUCCGCAUCUACUCCAUCGACCCCUCCUCCGGCACUUUACACACCUGUCCCUCCGUCAAUGUGACCUUUGGCAGCGGGCCCCGCCACGGCGUCUUCUGGACCGACGGCACUAGCAACAGCUCGACGUCCGCGGGCCCGGGCUCAACGACGCACCAGCGCCAGGUCGCCGCUGUCGGCGAAACGCAGCUGUACAUUGUGAACGAGAUCGGGGGCACGCUGAUGGUGUUUGACGUGUCGUAUGCGCGGGACGGGUGUCUGGAUUUGAGCGUGCGGCAGACGGUCGUGCCGUACGGCAAGCACAAUGCGACGAUGCCGAAGGGCGCGACGCCUGCGGAGAUCAGGUUGCUGGGGGAGCAGGUGUAUGUCUCUGUAAGGAGCGAUGGAGGCUUUGCGGGAAAUGAUUCGGUGGUCACGCUGGAUCGGGCGCCGAGUGAUGGGACUGUUAGUGUGAGGGGCCGGUCGCCGGCGUUGGGGAAGGUUCCGCGUACUAUGGCGGUGAAUCGGGCGGGAGAUCUAGUGGCGAUUGGAAACCAGGCGUCGGCGACGGUGGCGAUUGUGAGGAGGAAUCGGGAGACGGGGGAUUUGGGGGGAGAAGAUUGCGGUUCUGCAGGUAGGCGAGCCUGGGAAGGUGGGUUCUGCUGA